GUCACACUGAAUCGUACACACUGCCGGCGAUUUGAGCGUGUUUCAAAUUUAGUUUUAUAUUUUUAGAUAAGAAUUGUUCUAGACCCUACCUAAAGCAAGACGACUACACUAAGAACUCCAGUUAUUAUAAGUUCUUGUCGCGGAUUUUGUGACAUAUGACGCAGCUGUUAUUCGUUAAUUUGUGCUUGUUAAUGUGUUUGUUUGAUCGCGAAAAAGUCUUAAGCAGCAGAAGACGCUGCUAAAGAGAAGCAAAGAACUAAACCAAACCUCAUUGUGCAAAGCGAGGCUUCAGAAAAAAACUGCAACGGCAAACAUAAUUAUUUUCGCAAUGCGCUGAGCUCCAGCAAAAAAAAAAAAACACCGACACCGGCCUGGAGGCGGCAAGACCUUUUCGUUUUCGCGCCCAGAAAUAAACGGGAAAAAAAUCUGCAAUACAGCAUUUUGUGCGCGCGCCGCCAUUAACUGACAGCACCCGAAAAGAAUGCUACACAAAUCUGUUUCAGCGUGUCCCCGCAAACAAAAGCAACACAAUUACAACUACAGCCACACCAAGCAGAGAGCAAUCAGAUUAGUGACUGCAGAGAGCAACAACUAGACGGAACGGAAGAACAGAGGAACAACUCCCGCAAGCUGAGCAACGGAAGCACGAAAGCGCGGAUAUUAGACAUAGAAAAUUCAACAAGAUAUACAAAAACCCAACAGUAAAGCUGUUACUCCUUACUGGAAACGAAGCCAACGUAGGCAAUUACACAAAGAUGGCGUCCUCGCCGACACCAUCGUUGGACUCGAUGCGGGGCGGCGCGAACUCGAUUGAGUCGUACGAGCACGCCGGCUAUCUAUCAGACUCACCGCUCACCCUGAGCGGCUCAUCGCCACCGGCAAGCGACUCAGCGAUCUGCAGCGACGAGUACACCAGCGUCGGCAGCAGCAGCAGUGUCGGUGGCAAGACACGAUCGGAUGUGACCGUCAUCAAUGGCCAUCAUCCCAUAUCGGCCUCCGUCUCGUCCAGCUCGUCGGCCAGCUCGUCCUCCUGCUCGUCCUCAUCCUCGUCGAGCUCCUCGUCAUCGUCCUCAUCCAGCUCAUCGACCAGCGGCCUGAGCGGGUGCGGCAGCACCAGCAGUAGCGUCAUCAGCGCCAACAAUGUAUCCUCGAACGGACCCGGCGUCAUUGGCAGCAAUCUUCAAAGCUCCGUCAGCGGCAGCACCUCAGGCAUCAGCAGUCUGGUCGUGGGCGCCGGCAAAGGCAGCUCCAGCAAUGGUGGCGCCUCCUCCAACACAUCCAACGGCAGCAGCAACGGCAGUGGCAACAACAACGGCAGCUCCCCGCCCCGUUGCACCGCCUGCAAGAGCAAGUGCAGCGACGCGGUGGCCAAAUGCUUUGACUGCCAGAGCUUUCUGUGCGCAAACUGUGUGACUGCCCACGAGUUCAUGCACUGCUUCAACGGCCACAAUGUGUGCCUCAUUAAAGGGUUCGAUGCGACUGCCACGAACCUGCCGCUGGCUGUCAGCCCGCCCAGCAACAACCCGGCCUCCAAUGACUUCAAGUACGCCAGCUCCCUGACCAUGAUGCUGCAACAGCAGCAACAGCUUGACUCCCAGCAGCAGCAACAACAACAGCAGCAACAGCAGCAGCAACAGCAACAGCAGCAGCAGCUACUGCCCACCCAGCCCAUGUCGCAGCUGUCCAAAAUCGUUCUUGCUGCCGCCGCUCAGGCCAACUCCCAGGAUCAUCAGCAGCAGCAACAGCAGCAACAGCAGCAACACCAGCAACAGCAACAGCAACAGCAACAACAUCAACAGGAGAGCAUCUAUAGCUCUGUGCACCAGCAGCGGCAGCUCUUUUGUCCGCGCCACAAGCAGGAGCUGCUCAAGUUCAGCUGCCGCACCUGCUGCAUUCUGGUGUGCAAGGAGUGCAUCGUCCUGGAGCACUCCACCGGCCUGCAUGAGUUGGAAAAUGUGCAGUCACCAGCCCUGGCUACGGCGGCUGCCACAGCAGCUUCCGCAGCGAACGAGACGGCCCUGCAAACGCUCCUCGCGGACAUGCGUGGCAAGAUCGGGGAGAUCGUGGCCAUAGCCGGCAAUUCCGAUCAAAAUCUGACCAAGGUUAAGCUCCAGUAUCAGAAGGCGCACAAUGAGCUCAACGAGACGCAUCAGUUCUUCGCCUCCAUGCUGGACGAGCGCAAGACGGAGCUGCUGAAGGAGCUCGAGUCUCUCUAUUCGGCCAAGAACAACAGCAACAAUGCGUGGCUGCAGCGCUCACGGGAUCUGAUCGACAAGGGUCUGGCCACAUGCGAGGCAGUGGAGCGCUCGCCCGCUCCACCCUCCGCUAUGCUGGCGGAGGCCCUGCUGCUGCGCAAGUCCCUGGAGCAGCAUCUGCAGACAGCCAUCCAAGAUAUGCAGCUGCCCUUCGAGAUGGAGUUCAUGUCCAACUACCAAUCGAUCCAGGCCGGCGUACGCAACACUUUUGGCUACAUCCGUGCCAGCAGCUCCGAUGGCGGCCACGGCGCCGUCAGCCAGACCAGCAACAGUCACGGCAAGCAGCCGCCCAUUGCUCGGCCCACACAGAGCGCUAGCAACAGCAGCGCCAGUAGCGCUGGCAGCCACAGUCACCAUCAGUCGGGUGCCCAUCAGCAUCACCAUCAUCAACAGCUGCACCAGGCACAGCAGCAGCAGCAGCACCAGCUGCAGCAGACCCAAUCCACGCUGCACGGCCUCGGCUUGGGCCUCAGCGGUGGGCUGCUCGAAAGCAGCUCCGUCGGUGGGGGAGCGUACACGAAUGGCAGCAGCCUGCUGCUGAGUGGCCGGGAGCGCAACGCUCUGUCCGUGGAGCAGCACUUUGGCGAGCUUCUGCCCAAGCGGGGCGGCUACAGUGGCAGCAGCGGAUCUGGAUCGGGCGCCAGCACCGUGGCCCACUACAAUCCAUACGAAAAGUGGAGCAACGGAGGCAGCGACAAUCUCUUCUCGUCUGUGGGUGCUGGCAGCGGUGCCAGCUCUGCCGUGGUGGACGCAUUCGCCAGCCAGCUGUCCAGUCUUUCAUCUGGUAACGGUGGUGUGGUGGGUGGUGGCAGUGCCGUGAGCUCAGAGUCCCUGCUGGAUCUGACCAACAAGCUGCUCUCGGCCACCAUCUACCCGCCCAAGUCGCAGAUCAAGCGACAGAAAAUGAUUUACCACUGCAAGUUCGGAGAGUUUGGCGUGUUGGAGGGACAGUUCACGGAGCCCAGUGGCGUGGCGGUGAACGCACAGAACGACAUCAUUGUGGCUGACACCAACAACCAUCGCAUUCAGAUCUUCGACAAGGAGGGACGCUUCAAGUUCCAGUUCGGGGAGUGCGGCAAGCGGGACUCGCAGCUGCUGUACCCCAACCGCGUGGCCGUGGUACGCAACUCUGGCGACAUUAUCGUGACGGAGCGAUCGCCCACACACCAGAUACAGAUCUACAAUCAAUACGGACAGUUCGUGCGCAAGUUUGGAGCUACAAUCCUGCAGCAUCCGCGCGGCGUUACGGUGGACAACAAGGGACGGAUCAUCGUCGUGGAGUGCAAGGUGAUGCGCGUCAUCAUAUUCGAUCAGAACGGCAAUGUGCUGCACAAGUUUGGCUGCUCCAAGCACCUGGAGUUCCCCAACGGCGUGGUCGUCAACGACAAGCAGGAGAUUUUCAUCAGCGACAAUCGGGCGCACUGCGUCAAGGUGUUCAACUAUGAGGGCCAGUAUCUGCGCCAGAUUGGCGGUGAGGGCAUCACCAACUACCCCAUCGGCGUGGGCAUCAACUCGAAUGGCGAGAUCCUCAUCGCGGACAACCACAACAACUUUAACCUGACCAUCUUCACGCAGGACGGGCAGCUGAUAUCGGCCCUCGAGUCGAAGGUGAAGCAUGCCCAGUGCUUCGACGUGGCGCUCAUGGACGAUGGCAGCGUGGUGCUGGCCAGCAAGGACUAUCGCCUGUACAUCUAUCGCUACGUGCAGCUGGCGCCCGUGGUGUUGCACAGCAAAAACCACGACAUCAUCAGCACCCAAAGCUUGGCAGACAGAAUACAGCAUUUCAUUUGAAUAGAGGAGAAAUCUAUCUAACUCUAUGUAUAUUAUUAUAAAGCAUUCCCCCAUUUUCCUUUUUGCUAUGUUGAAUUUCUUGUUUGAGAAAGGAGAUCCGAUCCACAUAUGUAAUGAAGGAAAGGAUUACAUUACACGCAUUGGACACAUUUCGUUAUGCAAUUAAUUUAAAUCAAUUUCGGGACUCAAAAAGUAUUUCCAAUUAGUGUAAAUGAGUCUCUACGGUCGAACCGCACACACACACACACACACACACAGUCACACAGAGGAGGAUAAAAACACACAUAAGAUGCAUAAAUGUUAGCUCAUUUAAUCAUAGUCACACGCAUACGCAUUCGAGAUAGAUUUCUAGUGUUACAAAUAGCUAUCUAUAUAGUGCAACUACGCCGAUCAUGGAACCAUCAUCUAGUCAUCAUGCAUACACAUUUACAUACAUACACACAUACCAUAUAUG